AUGUCCCGCCUGCUGCAUGUAGAAGAGUGGGCUGAAGUGAAGGAGUUAGGGGACCACCAUCGCCAUCCCCAAUCGCACCACCUGCCGCAGCCGCAACAGCCACCUGCGACCCUGCAGACGAGAGAGCAUCCUGUCUACCCCGCCGAGCUGUCCCUCCUGGAUAGCACCGACCCACGCGCCUGGCUGGCCCCCACUUUGCAGGGCAUCUGCACGGCACGCGCCGCCCAGUAUUUGCUGCAUUCCCCCGAGCUGGGUGCCUCAGAGGCCGCGGCGCCUCGGGAGGAGGUGGACAGCCGCGGGGACCUGGUGAGGAGAAGUGGAGGCGGCAGCAGUAACAAGAGCCCCGGCCCGGUGAAAGUGCGCGAACAGCUGUGCAAGCUGAAAGGCGGGGUGGUGGUAGACGAGCUGGGCUGCAGCCGCCAGCGUGCCCCUUCCAGCAAACAGGUGAACGGGGUGCAGAAGCAAAGGCGGCUGGCGGCCAACGCCAGGGAGCGGCGCAGGAUGCAUGGGCUGAACCACGCCUUCGACCAGCUGCGCAACGUUAUCCCAUCUUUCAACAACGACAAGAAGCUGUCCAAGUAUGAGACCCUGCAAAUGGCCCAGAUCUAUAUCAACGCCUUGUCCGAGCUUCUACAAACGCCCAGCGGCGGGGAGCAGCCUCCGCCGCCACCAGCGUCUUGCAAGAACGACCACCACCACCUUCGCACCUCCGUCCCCUAUGAAGGCGGCGCGGGCACUGCGACCGCAGCUGGGGCACAGCCGGGCUCCGGAGGGGGCCAGCGGCCAGCCCCGCCUGGAAGUUGCCGGACUCGCUUCUCAGCCCCGGCCUCCGCGGGAGGAUAUUCAGUGCAGCUGGACGCUUUGCACUUCUCGACUUUCGAGGACAGCACCCUGACGGCGAUGAUGGCGCAAAAGAACCUGUCGCCUUCGCUGCCCGGGGGCAUCCUGCCGCCAGUGCAGGAGGAAAGUAGCAAAACUUCGCCCCGGUCUCACAGAAGCGACGGGGAGUUUUCCCCCCAUUCCCAUUACAGUGAUUCGGAUGAGGCAAGUUAG